UAAAACCCUUGGUCAUAUCGAAAAAAAAAAACUCUUCUUUUGAAUAUGGGAGACUCGGACACUCCAGGCCCUUCUUCUUCUGUUUCUUCCAAGUCAAAUUUACCUAUGCUUUACUACGGCCUCGUAGUUGUCGGAACGGCCACUAUCGUGCUGGCUAUAUACAACCUUAUCAUCAUCCGGUGGUGCACGCGGCGCCAUGAUGACUCUAACCGGAGAGCCCGACUUGCGCAAAUGGCUGCUGGAAGGAGUUCUGAAAACCAGAGCAGGAUCCUGCUGUCAAGCUUCAAGUACAAGAAAGGAAGCGGCAACAUGGGGUCGGAAGACACGGGUGGAGAAUACGAAUGCCCGGUUUGUUUAUCAAAUUUUGAAGAUGGAGACGAAGUGAGGCAGCUACCUAGGUGCAAGCAUUCUUUCCAUGCCCUUUGCAUAGAUAUGUGGCUGUAUUCUCACUCUGAUUGCCCUUUAUGUCGUGCCUCCGUGGAUCCCGAUCCGUCUCCGAUGUGCCAACGACAAACGGUGAAUUCGAGGGAAAAUUCUUCUGGCAUCCCAGUCCUAGUUUGAGUUUGCCAAUUUUGUUUUGAGUUCUUUUGGCUCUGUUUGUUGAUUGAUUAUAGGUGGGCCUAAGAUGAGAUGCGUGUCCAUGUUAACAAAGACUAGGUUUAGAAAGCCAGCUAGCUGCCCAUGUGGAUACAGUGCAACUCAUUUUAGAGCUCUAACUGGGGCCAUGAAAUAUAGCUGGCUAGCCAUGUCCCUUCCCAUUUUGUACAUAUCCUCAUAAUCUGCUAAUCAUCGAGUCGGACAUGUGAAAAGAUAUUUUUCCGAUGAAGGCGGUAAGUAUUUUUAU